CCAUCCUCCGAGAGGGAGGCGGCCAAGUGGUGAUGCUGCUGCUUCUGCCGCCUCGACUGCUGAUACUCUAGUGGAGCUGGAAGGGUGGUUCCUAUUCGCACCAUCGCCAACCAGAGAAGGAGGGAAAAAAAAUUCCCAGCAGCCGCUGCUGAUGUUGGGUUCGGAGGCUGCAUCCGACUCGGUCACAAGGAAAAUGGAUUCAGUUGGCAUCUCUCUCUCCUUUCAGCCGCUUCUCCGGGUCUCAGCAUGGGCUUCGAGGGCAGGAGCUGAGGAGACCUUACCAAGGAGCACCACGCAGUAAAUGCUGAAACAUCGCACUCUGGGAUAAGAAGCAGUAACAUGGCAGCACCUGUUUGAAAGGAAUUAAAAACCAACAGACUCCAUUUAGAAAGGAACAAUGUCCAAGAAAGGGCGAAAUAAGGGCGAGAAGCCCGAGGCGCUCAUCGUCGCCCUUCAAGCUGCCAAUGAAGAACUCAGGACCAAGCUCACAGACAUCCAGAUAGAGCUGCAUCAAGAGAAGUCCAAGGUGUCUAAGCUUGAAAGAGAGAAGACUCAAGAGGCGAAGAGGAUUCGUGAGCUGGAGCAGCGCAAGCACACGGUUCUGGUGACAGAGCUGAAAACCAAGCUCCAUGAGGAGAAGAUGAAGGAGCUGCAGGCCGUGAGGGAGAAUCUCAUCAAGCAGCACGAGCAAGAAAUGUCAAGGACAGGGAAGGUGCGGGACGGGGAGAUCCAGAGGCUCAAGUCAGCUCUGUGUGCUCUCCGCGACGGCAGCAGUGAUAAAGUAAGGACAGCGCUCACCAUCGAGGCCCGGGAGGAGGCCCGAAAACUGUUUGAUGCAGAGCGCCUUAAGCUCUUACAGGAAAUUACGGACCUGAAAACUGCCAAGAAGCAGGUGGAUGAGGCUCUAAGCAAUAUGAUCCAGGCGGAUAAAAUCAAGGCUGGGGACCUUCGGAGUGAGCAUCAGUCCCACCAGGAAGCCAUCUCGAAGAUCAAGUGGGAGUCGGAGCGGGAUAUUCGGAGGCUGAUGGAUGAAAUCAAAGCCAAGGACAGGAUCAUCUUUUCCCUGGAAAAGGAACUGGAGACCCAAACCGGCUAUGUACAGAAACUCCAACUGCAGAAGGACGCUUUGGAUGAACAACUCUUUCUGGUCAAGGAGGCUGAGUGUAACAUGAGCAGUCCGAAACGGGAAAUUCCAGGAAGAGCGGGAGAUGGCUCUGAGCACUGCAGCAGCCCCGAUUUGCGAAGAAAUCAAAAGAGAAUAGCUGAAUUGAAUGCUACUAUAAGAAAAUUAGAAGACAGGAAUACCUUGCUUGGAGAUGAACGAAAUGAAUUGUUAAAACGCGUGCGGGAAACUGAAAAACAAUGUAAACCUCUCCUGGAAAGGAACAAGUGCCUCGCCAAGAGAAACGAUGAACUGAUGGCGUCUUUGCAGCGCAUGGAAGAGAAAUUGAAAGCUGUGACCAAGGAAAAUUCAGAAAUGAGAGAAAAGAUAACGUCCCAUCCACCCUUGAAGAAAUUAAAAUCUCUGAAUGACCUCGAUCAAGCUAAUGAAGAACAAGAGACAGAGUUUCUAAAACUUCAGGUCAUUGAGCAACAGAACAUUAUCGAUGAGCUCACAAGGGACCGAGAAAAGCUCAUCCGUAGGAGAAAGCAUAGAAGAAGUUCCAAGCCAAUUAAGAGGCCUGUUUUGGACCCAUUUAUUGGCUAUGAUGAGGACUCCAUGGAUUCAGAGACAUCAUCCAUGGCCUCAUUUAGAACAGACCGAACACCAGCUACUCCUGACGAUGACUUGGAUGAAAGUUUAGCAGCUGAAGAAUCUGAGCUACGAUUUCGACAAUUAACAAAAGAAUACCAGGCCCUCCAGAGAGCAUAUGCCCUCCUGCAGGAGCAGGCUGGAGGCAUCAUUGAUGCUGAAAGAGAAGCCAAGGCUCAAGAACAGCUCCAAGCAGAGGUGCUAAGGUAUAAAGCCAAGAUUGAAGAUCUGGAAGCGACUCUGGCUCAGAAAGGGCAGGAUUCACACUGGGUAGAAGAUAAACAACUUUUCAUUAAGAGAAACCAGGAGCUUUUAGAAAAGAUAGAAAAACAGGAGGCAGAAAAUCACCGGUUACAACAGGAACUGCAGGAUGCCAGAGACCAGAAUGAGCUGCUGGAGUUUCGAAACCUAGAGCUAGAAGAAAGAGAGAGACGAUCCCCUCCAUUUAAUCUACAAAUUCACCCAUUCUCAGAUGGCGUGAGUGCUCUACAGAUCUACUGUAUGAAAGAAGGUGUGAAGGAUGUGAACAUCCCUGAUCUCAUAAAACAGCUUGACAUCUUAGGUGAUAAUGGGAAUUUGAGAAAUGAAGAACAAGUGGCCAUAAUUCAGGCCAGCACUGUGCUGUCCCUGGCAGAGAAGUGGAUCCAGCAAAUCGAAGGAGCAGAGGCUGCCCUGCAUCAGAAAAUGAUGGAAUUGGAAAGUGACAUGGAACAAUUCUGCAAAAUAAAAGGCUAUCUGGAGGAAGAACUAGACUACCGGAAACAAGCGCUCGACCAAGCAUAUAUGAGGAUCCAGGAACUAGAAGCUACUUUGUACAAUGCUCUGCAGCAAGAAACUGUUAUCAAGUUUGGUGAAUUAUUAAAUGAAAAACAGCAAGAGGAGUUGAGGACGGCAGUAGAAAAGUUACGGCGGCAGAUGCUGAGGAAGAGCAGAGAGUAUGACUGUCAGAUUCUUCAGGAGAGAAUGGAGCUCUUACAGCAAGCCCAUCAGAGAAUUCGUGACUUAGAAGAUAAAACAGACAUCCAGAAAAGACAAAUAAAGGACUUAGAAGAAAAGUUUCUGUUUCUAUUCUUGUUCUUCUCUCUUGCCUUUAUUCUAUGGCCUUGAUGUCAAGGUGCCUCUUAAAGAGUAACCGAAAACACGGAUAAGACCCCAGAAAGGCAAAUACUUCUAAACCUUCAAAGAUGGCAGAAAUGUUUACAGCACUGAGAGGGAGAUCAAAGCUAAGAACUACCCUGUAGCCAGGACUACAACUGUGUAUUUUAAAGCCAUUAUUCAAGGUUUCUUACUUGACAGUUCCUACAUGACCCUGUUGAAAAUCUACAAUAUAUGCUGCAUUUAAUGAAACAUGUAUAUGUCAAACCAGAAGAAAAGAACUGUAAACAUAUAUUGUGUAAAGAAAAAAUUCAGCAAUGGAAACAGUUUCAGCAGAUCAAGCAAAGAUGUGUCUUGGGCAUGGAACCAAAGUUACAAAGAAACAUUCUACCCCUGCUGUGCAGGGGGGUCAUUUUAAUGUAACACCACACCCCAUGGAAACACUAGUCCUGAAAUAAACGUCAUUUGAAAAAAUGAAAACAAAAAAACAAGGGUGGGGGGGAAUGAAGCACGAGGAAUACCUAUGAGGAGCUAUUUACAAUAAAAUGUUUCAUUUGAAAAGUCUGGUUUCUUACUACAGGGAUUUGCUUUUCUGUCUUUAUUAUUGUUUAAAACUCAGGAACAGAGACAUCUGUGAUGUGAAUGGGAAGAAAAGCAGUCUCUCUCCGUUUGUUUUUUCUGCAAAAGGUGGAGCUUGUGGGGUGCAUUCCACAGGUGACAGAUGAGAAGUGGAUCACAGUGACCCCAGCUAAACUGGCCACUGAGGCGAAGGACCCAGGCGAAUGUAACAUAAGAAAUAAAAGCAGAUUUGAUGCUUCCUUGGCCUUCUGUCACAUCUGUGUUCCUCCACGAGCAACAGACUGAUCUCUUUCAUGUCGAAAAUUAAGAAGAAGAUGCUCUAAAUCACAAGCUCCCUGACACAGUUCUGUUUAGAAUGACACCGUCUAUAAGGAACAUGGGCCAGAGAGCAUCUCUGAAUCUUUCCAUUUCCAAAAUACUGGUUUUCAAUGGCUGCUUAAAGUUGCCUGCAUAAAUAUAUGAUUUGAAUAAAAACACAAUAGAGGCAAUAAGUAAACUUCUACCAACAGUUAAGUUUGCCACAGAGAUGUGAAUAUUAAAUGUAAUUAUGAGUUUUUUUUAAGUAUCCUGAUAUGCCUAGAGCAUUCUGACCUCUUAUCAUUUAGACUGAUAACAUUUUUUCCCAGAGAGCUGACAGCAACAAGAUAACUACUUUUUUAAAAUAGAAGUAACAUUAUGUUACCGAUAUGGUCCUUUUCUACCAGAGACGAUGAGAAGACUGGUACUUUUCCUAAGUUAUGUAAUACUGAGUCUUGGAUUCAGCUCUGAGAGCAAAUAAAUAUUCCUGAAAAGCUAAUUUUACACCUCAUUUACUGUAGAUAACAAAACAGCCUCAAUUUUUCAAAUUGUCAAGGUUUUAUUUACAGGGCUAGAAUUCCCAUGCAUAAAGAAUGUGUGUAGGGAGCCAGAAACUCUUUCUAUGAAAUGUUAUACAAAUCCUUCCUUGAGUUCAGUAUAUUAUUCUUUGGUUUUAGCACUGGCAUUUUCAAAGCCAGAACAAUAACUGAAGAAUGUAUAAGAAAAGCUAGAAUGCUGGGGUCUCACUUUUUGUUCUUAUAUUUACUGCUGACCCAGGUAUCUUUGGCCCAGUCACUUAACCUCUCUGUGCCUCAGUUUCCUCAUCUGCAAAAUGAGGUUCAAAUGCUUUUUCAUAACUGUUUUUUUUUUUUUUUUUGCAAUUCUGGAACAAGAGGUGCUUAAAGUAGCACAAUGUGCUUUGUAAUUAUUAUGUCUGCUAUGUUAUUUGACUUUCUUGUAUUUUUGAGAAAAAGAGUCCUCUGUGUAAUAAAAUAGUGCUUCAGUUUGGUUAAAUCUAAGCACUACAGCACUGAAGCUUUCCCAUCAAACUACCUGGGACAUUACUAGCAAUAAAGAUUGACAGAUCCAGAGCCCAGAUCUCUAAUAACCUGUAGUAAAUACAUCAUCUCAUGCUAUUGAGCAAGAUAGAAGAAUGUGUCAUUUCAGUGGUAAGCAUCUCCUAGCUCUCCCUGUUGUAUAUGCGUGCCAUGAUACAAAACUCCACUUUUAUGAUAGGAGAGCCAACCAUGAAAUUAAGGCUUGGAGUGAACCGAUAGCAUUACAUAAUUAGUCUGAUUAUCCCUUUCAUUUUGGAGGAAGGUCCAGUGAUAUGACCUACUGGGAAUAUACAAAAUAACUAUCCUUCUGCUGGAUUCUUUGUUCAACUGGGUAGGUUCCACAUUAAAUAUGAAUAGUACAUUCAUUGUGCAGGCAAUGGGAAGGAGGGCCACUACAAUCUGUGACCCAACCCUUUCAAAUCUCAGAACAUAUGGAAGAGGAUAAAUUACUCUCCCAUAUCUUUGACUUUUCUCUUCCAUUGCUCUUCAUUGGCCAUUCCGGAGUCCACCUGAGCAAAUUCACACUCCAUCUGCUCUACCAAACCUACUUUCCUUCCCUUCCCUUCAUCUUGCUUUCCCCAUCAAGAAACUUGUAGGUUAAAUUUGAUAUCCAAGCACUGACUAUGGUUUAAAUGAUUAUAAACAUUUGUAAAAAUAGUGUGGUUUAAUCAUAUACUUUAUCUGCUACAAAUCUGAUUAUAUCGUACACACACAAAAUCAUACAAGAGCAAUGACAGCUAGGAAGACCAUCUAAGCAGCUUUAGAUGUGUUUAGAGCAAAUGCAAAAGGAAGGAUUCUUUCUUUUUGCUUAAGAUCUAGGCAAUUAGCUAAUUUCUCUAGAUUUUAGGCUAAAGAGUGAUGUUUUUACCAAGUCUUACUAAUGAUCCUCAAAAUUAAUAUAUCAUUGGAUAAGGCUAAAUAUUUUGGCAGAUACAUCUCUUUGUUAUCCAGUUCCACAAUUAUAAAAACAUUAGCAAAAUUGUAAAUGUAUGUAUCAGUCACUGAUGCAUCCAUGGAAAUGGAUCAUAUCUAAAUGAAUGCUUCCCUUGCACAUGAUGUUCAGCAGUAGUAAAAAAGAGUGUCUUAUUUUAAUAAUGGAGAGAUUUACUGUGGCUGCACUUCUUACAGAGAGCAGAUAUCUCCACUCUGAUCUUUAAUUUCUGUACCUUAACUAUCCUGACACAUUUGGCUAAUGACUUAGUAGCAAUCAGAAUAACAUUCUUCCGGGUUCAUUUACUUCAUUUUUCUUAAAAAAGCAUUCAUCUCUUAGAAAAUAAGCAUUACUGAAAAUAUUGAAAAAUAGUUUGAGAUAAAAUGAAAGCCCCACUUCAGCAGUUAUUCAGGAGAGGAACAUUUUCAUGAGAAAGGAAAAUAUAAUGGAAGACUAUAUUUGGCUGUAAUACUAGAAAGCAUCUAUUAUUAAAUUGCUAAAUUACUAACUUUUUUUUUACGCCAUCCAAGUUUUAGGAAAUACAGGAAUUUGCCAGAAAUAAGUGUCAGAUCCCUUUUAACCUAUGUCAUAUAAAUGAAAUUAUUGCCAAGAGUGAGGUUUUAGGAGCUGAAGAAUAACUUUUGCUUUGAUUUUUCUUCCAUUCACAAAUAACCACUCACAUAGGUGGUGUGGUUGUUCAGCAGGGUAGACAUGAUGUAGAAGGCUCACGGGUUGUCACUGGAGUAGAAAGGGGACAUUUGUUCUCCACUAGUAAUAGAAGUAAAGUUUUGCCAGAUAAUUUUGCCACAGUAUUUUAUUUCAACUUACUUUGAUUGUUUUCGGUUUAAAAUAAAUCUCUGGCCAACGUGUUCCUUUUUGCCUCUUAUCAACAUUUUAUGUAAACCCAUUGUGUAGUUCAUAUGUUCAAUGUCUUCAAUGUAAUUCAUAAGUUCAUUGUUUUAAAAUGAAGCACG